UGCAUCAGGGCUAACUGGGCAUAAAGGAUGCCCUGUUGAGUCCAGCAAUGCAUGCAUUGUUUGCCUGAAAAUGGAGUCAGCAUCUCCCUGGGAAAAUAUAGCUAAUUUAUUUUAUAUAUUUUGCCACCAUCAGCAGUUGAACUCAAGCUGCUCCGUUCUCUGAUGGGUUAAUUUUUGCUUGGUGCAGAUCUAGGCUGAUGGAUAAAUUGCAGCCCUUUCUCUUUUCGUGGAGGACUCUGAAGUCUUUUUUUCAGGAUUAGUGCUUGCUUUCGACUGCCGCAUGUGUGGUGACUCCGGAUCCUUCCCCUUCGGAAGAGCGCCCUUUGCAGCAUUCCCCCUUCGGAGGAAUCACUUAGACACUUCCAGCUGGUGGCAGGGGAUGCGGCCAUAACAUAGCUCCUUGGUCCCAGCUGCCUCCACUACAGCCUCUGCCGCAGGAUGGCUGCCCUCUCCGGGAGAGGGGAAAGCGCCGCAAGGUGUAGGGUGAAAUCCGGACCCGGCUGUGGUGGGUUUUGAAAGCUGCAAUUUCCCCAGCAUCUCUGCUUCUUUGCCUCUUGGAUGCUUCCCUGCUGUUCAGCCCAGGCUCCUCUCCAGCGAGGGCUAUGCUGCUCUGUGCCUGAUUAGAGGUGCCCAGGGAGAUCACCUUUUCGGAGAAAGCUCUGCCUGCUUGACAGGGUCUUUUUCAAUGCAUUAUGGCUCAUGCCGCCUCCCAGUUAAAGAAGAACCGGGAUUUAGAAAUCAAUGCUGAAGAAGAGACUGAGAAAAAAAAGAAACACCGCAAACGGUCCCGGGAUCGCAAGAAAAAGUCUGAUGCCAACGCAAGUUACUUGAGAGCAGCUCGGGCGGGACACCUGGAAAAGGCCCUCGACUACAUCAAAAAUGGAGUGGACAUCAACAUCUGCAACCAGAAUGGGUUGAACGCACUCCAUCUUGCUUCCAAAGAAGGCCAUGUGGAAGUGGUCUCUGAGCUCCUACAGAGGGACGCCAAUGUCGAUGCAGCCACAAAGAAAGGGAACACAGCCUUACACAUCGCAUCGUUGGCCGGGCAAGCAGAAGUGGUCAAGGUCUUGGUUACGAAUGGAGCAAACGUCAACGCACAAUCUCAGAAUGGCUUCACGCCAUUGUAUAUGGCAGCCCAGGAGAACCAUCUGGAAGUUGUCAGGUUUCUUCUGGACAAUGGUGCCAGCCAGAGCCUGGCCACAGAGGACGGCUUCACGCCAUUGGCUGUAGCUCUGCAGCAAGGUCACGACCAAGUUGUGUCACUCCUGCUCGAAAAUGACACAAAAGGAAAAGUGCGUCUCCCAGCCCUCCACAUCGCGGCCCGGAAAGAUGACACAAAGGCAGCAGCCCUGCUCCUGCAGAACGACAACAAUGCGGAUGUGGAGUCAAAGAGUGGCUUCACCCCGCUUCACAUAGCUGCCCACUACGGGAAUAUUAACGUGGCCACGUUGCUGUUAAAUCGAGCGGCUGCCGUAGACUUCACCGCACGAAAUGACAUCACUCCCUUACAUGUCGCCUCGAAACGAGGGAACGCGAAUAUGGUGAAGCUGCUGCUCGACCGGGGUGCGAAGAUCGAUGCCAAGACCAGGGAUGGUCUGACACCGCUGCACUGUGGGGCAAGAAGUGGCCAUGAGCAGGUGGUAGAGAUGUUGCUUGACAGAGCUGCACCCAUCCUUUCAAAAACCAAGAAUGGACUGUCUCCAUUGCACAUGGCCACCCAAGGGGACCAUUUAAACUGCGUCCAACUCCUCCUGCAGCACAACGUGCCUGUGGAUGACGUCACCAACGACUACCUGACUGCCCUCCAUGUGGCGGCCCACUGUGGCCAUUACAAAGUUGCCAAGGUUCUUUUGGAUAAGAAAGCUAAUCCCAAUGCCAAAGCCCUGAAUGGUUUCACUCCUCUCCAUAUCGCCUGCAAAAAGAACCGGAUCAGAGUAAUGGAACUCCUCUUGAAGCACGGUGCAUCCAUCCAAGCCGUAACCGAGUCGGGCCUUACCCCAAUCCAUGUUGCUGCCUUCAUGGGACAUGUAAAUAUCGUGUCACAGCUAAUGCAUCAUGGAGCCUCCCCAAAUACCACCAAUGUGAGAGGUGAAACAGCAUUGCAUAUGGCGGCUCGGUCAGGCCAAGCGGAAGUGGUGCGGUAUCUGGUACAAGAUGGCGCUCAGGUAGAAGCAAAAGCUAAGGAUGACCAGACCCCACUCCACAUUUCAGCCAGACUGGGGAAGGCGGAUAUAGUGCAGCAACUGUUGCAGCAAGGAGCAUCGCCCAAUGCGGCAACAACUUCCGGGUACACCCCGCUUCACCUUUCGGCCCGAGAGGGGCAUGAGGAUGUAGCUGCGUUCCUUCUGGACCACGGAGCAUCUUUAUCCAUAACAACAAAGAAGGGAUUCACUCCUCUCCAUGUGGCUGCGAAAUAUGGAAAGCUUGAAGUAGCAAAUCUCCUGCUGCAGAAGAGUGCAUCUCCAGAUGCUGCUGGGAAGAGCGGGCUAACUCCACUGCAUGUAGCAGCACACUACGAUAAUCAGAAAGUGGCCCUUCUACUUUUGGACCAGGGAGCCUCACCUCACGCAGCUGCAAAGAAUGGUUAUACGCCACUGCAUAUUGCUGCCAAGAAGAACCAGAUGGACAUAGCGACUUCUCUGCUGGAGUAUGGUGCUGAUGCAAAUGCGGUUACCCGGCAAGGGAUUGCUUCUGUCCAUCUUGCGGCUCAGGAAGGGCACGUGGACAUGGUUUCACUGCUCCUCAGUAGAAAUGCCAAUGUGAACCUGAGCAAUAAGAACGGCCUCACCCCACUCCAUCUGGCUGCUCAAGAAGACAGAGUAAAUGUGGCUGAAGUCCUUGUCAACCAAGGGGCCCACGUAGAUGCCCAGACAAAGAUGGGCUACACGCCACUCCAUGUGGGCUGUCACUAUGGAAACAUCAAAAUAGUCAAUUUUCUGCUGCAGCACUCUGCAAAAGUUAACGCCAAAACAAAGAAUGGAUAUACACCACUGCACCAGGCAGCUCAGCAGGGCCACACGCACAUCAUCAACGUCUUGCUGCAGAACAACGCUUCCCCCAAUGAACUCACUGUGAAUGGGAACACAGCCCUGGCCAUCGCCCGGCGUCUUGGCUACAUCUCCGUGGUUGACACACUGAAGGUCGUGACAGAGGAAACUAUGACCACCACUACCAUCAUUGAGAAGCACAAGAUGAAUGUUCCGGAAACAAUGAAUGAAGUUCUCGAUAUGUCAGAUGAUGAAGUUCGUAAAGCCAACGCCCCCGAAAAGCUCAGUGAUGGGGAAUAUAUCUCAGAUGUUGAAGAAGGUGAAGAUGCCAUCACAGGGGACACUGACAAGUAUCUCGGGCCACAGGACCUUAAGGAACUGGGUGAUGACUCCCUGCCAGCGGAGGGUUAUGUGGGCUUCAGUCUCGGAGCCCGUUCUGCCAGCCUCCGCUCCUUCAGUUCGGAUAGGUCAUACACCUUGAACAGAAGCUCCUACGCGCGGGACAGCAUGAUGAUCGAGGAACUUCUGGUACCAUCCAAAGAGCAGCACCUAACAUUCACAAGGGAGUUUGAUUCAGAUUCUCUCAGACACUACAGCUGGGCAGCAGACACCUUGGACAAUGUGAACCUGGUCUCAAGCCCUGUGCAUUCUGGGUUUCUCGUUAGCUUUAUGGUGGACGCGAGAGGGGGCUCCAUGCGAGGAAGCCGCCAUCAUGGGAUGCGGAUCAUCAUCCCUCCACGCAAGUGUACGGCCCCCACCCGCAUCACCUGCCGCCUGGUAAAGAGACAUAAACUGGCCAACCCACCCCCCAUGGUGGAAGGAGAGGGAUUAGCCAGUAGGCUGAUAGAAAUGGGUCCUGCGGGGGCACAAUUUUUAGGCCCCGUCAUAGUGGAAAUCCCUCAUUUUGGGUCCAUGAGAGGGAAGGAGCGGGAACUUAUUGUUCUUCGGAGUGAAAAUGGCGAGACCUGGAAGGAACAUCAAUUUGACAGCAAAAACGAAGACCUCGCUGAACUGCUCAACGGCAUGGAUGAAGAACUUGACAGCCCAGAAGAGUUGGGGACAAAGCGGAUCUGCAGGAUCAUCACGAAGGAUUUCCCCCAGUAUUUUGCCGUGGUUUCCCGGAUUAAGCAGGAAAGCAACCAGAUCGGUCCUGAGGGUGGGAUUCUGAGCAGCACCACCGUGCCCCUGGUCCAGGCGUCUUUCCCAGAGGGUGCCUUAACCAAAAGGAUCCGAGUGGGUCUCCAGGCUCAGCCAGUUCCAGAGGAGAUUGUGAAAAAGAUCCUUGGAAACAAAGCAACAUUUAGCCCAAUUGUCACCGUGGAACCAAGAAGGAGGAAAUUCCAUAAGCCAAUCACCAUGACCAUUCCGGUGCCCCCACCCUCAGGAGAAGGCGUGUCCAAUGGGUACAAGGGGGACACCACGCCCAACCUCCGCCUCCUCUGUAGCAUCACAGGGGGCACCUCGCCGGCUCAAUGGGAAGACAUCACAGGAACUACCCCUCUGACCUUCAUAAAGGAGUGCGUGUCUUUCACAACCAAUGUUUCAGCCAGAUUUUGGCUUGCAGACUGCCACCAGGUUUUAGAAACUGUAGGGCUGGCCUCACAGCUAUACAGAGAGUUGAUAUGUGUCCCCUACAUGGCCAAGUUCGUUGUUUUUGCCAAAACGAAUGACCCGGUGGAGUCCUCCCUGCGGUGCUUCUGCAUGACGGACGACAGGGCAGACAAAACCCUGGAGCAGCAGGAGAACUUUGAGGAGGUGGCCAGGAGCAAAGACAUUGAGGUUCUGGAAGGAAAGCCCAUAUUUGUUGAUUGCUAUGGAAACCUGGCCCCUCUUACCAAAGGAGCUCAGCAGCUUGUUUUUAACUUCUAUUCUUUCAAAGAAAACAGACUUCCAUUUUCCAUCAAGAUUAGAGACACCAGCCAAGAGCCCUGUGGCCGUCUGUCUUUCCUGAAAGAGCCGAAGACAACAAAGGGAUUACCCCAAACGGCUGUUUGCAACUUAAAUAUUACUCUACCUGCACAUAAAAAGGAGACAGAGUCAGAUCAAGAUGAUGAGGCUGAGAAAGCGGACAGACGGCAGAGCUUUGCAUCUUUAGCUUUACGUAAGCGCUACAGCUACUUGACUGAGCCUGGCAUGAUUGAACGGAGUUCAGGAACAGCAAGAACCCUCCCUACCACUUACUCAUACAAGCCAUUCUUUCCUACAAGACCUUACCAGUCCUGGACCACAGCUCCAGUCUCAGUACCCGGGCCGGCCAAGUCAGGCUUCGCCUCCUUAUCCAGCUCCUCCUCUAACACGCCAUCAGCAUCUCCGUUAAAAUCCAUAUGGUCUGUUUCGACUCCUUCUCCAAUCAAAUCCACACUAGGCGCAUCAACUACAUCUUCGGUCAAAUCCAUUAGUGACGUGGCAUCUCCUAUUAGAUCUUUUCGGACAAUUUCUUCGCCGAUAAAAACAGUGGUGUCCCCGUCUCCAUACAAUAUCCAAGUUACCUCUGGUACCCUGGGGAGACCUCCCACAGUCACCACCGAGGCUACGCCCUUAAAGGGGCUGGCGCCCACCUCAACCUUUUCCUCUCGAACUUCUCCAGUGACGACCGCAGGGUCUCUUUUAGAGAGGUCAUCCAUUACCAUGACACCCCCCGCCUCCCCCAAGUCAAACAUUACUAUGUAUUCCUCAAGCUUGCCGUUUAAGUCGAUUAUAACCUCAGCAGCACCGCUGAUCUCUUCGCCUUUGAAGUCGGUGGUGUCUCCAACUAAGUCUGCAGCCGAUGUCAUCUCCUCAGCUAAAGCUACGAUGGCAUCAUCUCUCUCCUCCCCCUUAAAGCAGAUGUCUGGACAUGCAGAGGUAGCACUGGUCAAUGGGUCUGUUUCUCCUCUGAAGUACCCUUCGUCUUCAUCUUUAAUUAAUGGAUGCAAAGCCACUGCCACGUUACAGGACAAAAUUUCUACAGCCACAAACGCUGUGAGUUCAGUGGUGAGCGCGGCCACUGACACGGUGGAGAAAGCACUCUCUACCACAACAGCCAUGCCCUUUUCCCCACUCAGGUCAUAUGUGUCUGCAACGCCCUCCUCGGCUUUUCAGUCUCUUAGAACGCCCUCCGCAAGUGCACUCUACACCUCCCUCGGGUCUUCAUUAUCUGCUACUACCUCAUCUGUAACGUCAUCAAUAAUCACAGUGCCAGUAUACUCAGUAGUCAAUGUUUUGUCGGAACCAGCAUUGAAGAAACUUCCAGACUCUAAUUCGCUCACAAAAUCGGCAGCGGCUUUGCUGUCACCCAUUAAAACAUUGACUACGGAGACACGCCCCCAGCCCCAUUUCAAUCGAACUUCAUCUCCCGCUAAGUCAUCUCUGUUCCUCACCCCCUCUGCCCUUAAGCUGUCGGCACCAUCUUCUUUAUCUUCCAGUCAGGAGAUCUUAAAGGACGUGGCUGAAAUGAAGGAGGACCUCAUGAGAAUGACCGCCAUCCUGCAGACAGAUGUGCCUGAGGAAAAGCCAUUCCAACCCGACCUUCCCAAAGAAGGGAGGAUAGAUGAUGAAGAACCUUUCAAAAUUGUUGAGAAAGUGAAGGAAGACUUAGUGAAAGUCAGUGAGAUCCUCAAAAAGGACGUGUGUGUCGACAGCAAAGGGCCACCGAAAUCCCCGAAGAGUGACAAAGGCCAUUCCCCAGAGGAUGACUGGAUAGAAUUUAGUUCUGAGGAAAUACGAGAAGCCAGGCAGGCUGCUGCCAGCCAUACCCCAUCUCCAUCCGAGAAAGUGCAUGGGAAGGCCAACCUGACUAGAGUCAUUGACUACCUGACCAAUGACAUUGGGAGCAGCAGUUCACUGACCAACUUAAAGUACAAGUUUGAAGAUGCCAAGAAGGAUGGAGAGGAGAGACAGAAAAGGAUUCUCAAGCCAGCCAUGGCCUUGCAGGAGCAUAAACUCAAAAUGCCGCCAGCCUCCAUGAGGCCUUCCACCUCCGAGAAGGAACUGUGCAAGAUGGCUGACUCUUUCUUUGGAUCAGAUGCCAUCUUAGAGUCUCCUGAUGACUUUUCUCAACAUGACCAAGAUAAAAGUCCCUUGUCCGACAGUGGCUUCGAAACCAGAAGUGAGAAAACACCGUCAGCCCCACAAAGUGCCGAGAGCACAGGCCCUAAGCCACUUUUUCAUGAAGUCCCCAUCCCUCCCGUCAUCACGGAGACAAGGACUGAAGUAGUCCAUGUGAUCAGGAGUUAUGAGCCCUCCACUGGUGACAUCCCCCAGUCCCAGCCAGAGGACCCCAUGUCCCCCAAACCUUCAGCUACGUUUAUGGAGUUGGAGCCAAAGCCUACCACCUCUAGCAUUAAGGAAAAAGUAAAAGCAUUUCAAAUGAAAGCCAGUAGCGAGGAAGAGGACCACAGUCGGGUUUUAAGUAAAGGCAUGCGUGUCAAAGAAGAGACUCAUAUCACUACGACCACCAGGAUGGUGUAUCACUCCCCUCCAGGCAGUGAGUGUGCCUCAGAAAGAAUUGAAGAAACCAUGUCAGUCCACGACAUCAUGAAAGCCUUUCAGUCUGGGAGAGACCCGUCCAAAGAGCUGGCGGGGCUGUUUGAACACAAGUCGGCCAUGUCUCCAGAUGUCCCCAAGUCUGCUGCUGAGAUCUCAGCCCAGCACGCAGAGAAGGACAGCCAAAUGAAACCCAAACUGGAGCGUAUAAUAGAAGUCCACAUCGAAAAAGGUAACCAAGCUGAACCCACUGAAGUCAUUAUUAGAGAGACCAAAAAGCAUCCAGAAAAGGAAGUACCUGGGUGUCAGAAAGACUUAUCCCGGGGAAGUAUUAACUUAAAAGAUUUUCUGCCAGAGAAACACGAUGCUUUCCCUUGCCCCGAGGAGCAGGGUCAGCAAGAAGAAGAAGAACUUGCAGCAGAAGAGUCCUUGCCUUCUUAUCUGGAAUCUUCCAGAGUAAACACUCCAGUGUCCCAAGAAGAAGAUAGCCGUCCCAGUUCCGCACAGCUCCUGUCCGAUGACUCUUACAAAACACUGAAGCUGUUGAGUCAGCACUCUGUAGAAUACCAUGAUGAUGAGUUGUCAGACCUAAGAGGGGAGUCUUACAGGUUUGCUGAGAAAAUGCUUCUGUCAGAGAAGUUAGAUGUUUCUCACUCUGAUACCGAGGAAUCGGUGACAGACCCUGUAGGACCCCCUAGCUCACAGUUACAGAGGUCUGAUAAGCGCUCCAGAGAUAAAGUAGCCACUGCCCCCCAGAAAGAAAUCCUCUCCAAAAUCUAUAAAGAUGUGUCUGAAAAUGGUGUAGGGAGAGUGUCUAAAGAUGAGCAUUUUGAUAAAAUGACAGUGUUGCACUAUGCGGGUAAUGUCAGUGGUCCAAAACAUGCCAUGUGGAUGCACUUGUCUGAGGACAGACUAGACAGAGGUAGAGAGAAGUUAAUAUAUGAAGAUAGGGUGGACAGGACUGUGAAGGAGGCUGAAGAGAAAUUGACUGAAGUGUCACAGUUUUUUCGUGACAAAACCGAGAAGUUAAACGAUGAACUGCAGUCCCCGGAGAAAAAGCCACGCCCCCAAAAUGGCAAAGAAUACUCUUCCCAGAGUUCCACCAGCAGUAGUCCCGAGAAGGUGUUAACAGAACUAUUGGCAUCCAAUGACGAAUGGGUUAAAGCCAGGCAGCGUGGUCAAGAUGGACAAGGUGUCCCUCAGGCUGAGGACAAGAAGACAUGCAUUGGGUCAAGCAGCCCAGAGAAGAGGGUCCCUUCCCAACAGAGUGAGGAUGGCCAGCCUACAGAGGAAGCCAAAAGAACUGUCAUUGCUCAGGGCAGGGGACCAGAAGGGCCCCAGUCUGGGUUUCAGCUCAAACAAUCCAAACUCAGUUCCAUUCGCUUAAAAUUUGAACAAGGCACCCGUGCAAAAAGUAAGGACCUAUCUCAAGAAGAGAAAACUCUGGAUGGCCCAUCCCGAAUCCCAGUUAAGAAAACUCAAGAAAGCAAGCUGCCCACACACCCAGGUUUUGCUAGAGAAAAGCAGCAGAAGGCUGUAGACCUCUCAGAGGAGAGAGGGCCAGUGCAAAAUGAUGUUACCAUAGUCAAAGUCGAGCAUGCCAAAAACAAUGACAUUGUUGUGAAUGAGUCGGGCCCCGAUGACGUCAAAAGACACAGAACUGAGAUGCUAAGUAAGGCAAUGCCUGAGUUCUUCCCUGAGCAGCAGGCUGAAGAAGACUCGGCCUGUUCCAUGACAUCAGACCUAGCAACCAAGGGACCAUGGGACAGAAAGGGCUUUAGAACGUGGGAAAGUUCUGGGGCCAAUAACAAUAAGGCUCAGAAAGAGAAACUGUCGCACGUGCUUGUUCACGACAUCAGACAGAGUCAUACGGGCCGCCCCGAUGAGAGCGAGAACGCCGAUCCAAAGAAUGAAUUUAUGUGUGUGACUGAGAGAGAACACAAAUUGUUAACGAAUGGCUCUCUCUCAGAAAUUAAGGAAAUGAGUGUAAAGUCUCCCUCCAAGAAAGUGUUAUACAGGGAGUACAUUGUUAAAGAAGGGGACCGUCCUCCCAGCGGCGCUCUCGACCGGCUUCCCAGGAGAAGCGAGAGCUCAGUGGGAUCUCACAUUCCCAUCAGGGUGGCAGACGAGAGGAAGAUGCCGUCUUCUAACAUUCCUGAUGGGUUUUGUGAGCAGUCAACAUUUCCAAAACAUGAACUAUCCCAAAAAGUGACCCGGUCACGUGUGAGCAAAGAGAUAGUGGAGAAUCAGCACUUUAAUUCCAUAGAUGAUGAAAAAGUUACCUAUUCUGAGAUCAGCAAAGUUUCCAAACAGAGUUACGUAGGCCUCUGUCCAGUUCUUGAUGAAACUGAGACCUCUCCCAUCAGAUCUCCCGAUUCGUUAGAGUUUAGCCCAGGAAAAGACUCUCCCUCUAGUGAUGUGUUCGACCACGGCUCCAUGGAGGGGUUGGAGAAGCUUGCUCCCCUAGCCCAGACAGAGGGAGGGAAAGAGAUCAAAACCUUACCUGUUUAUGUCAGCUUCGUACAAGUAGGGAAACAGUAUGAAAAGGAGCUCCAACAAGGAGGUGUAAAGAAAAUCAUAAGUCAGGAAUGUAAGACGGUGCAGGAAGCCAGGGGAACCUUCUAUACAGCUAGACAGCAAAAACAGCCGCCUUCUCCCCAGGGCAGUCCAGAAGACGAUACUCUAGAGCAAGUGUCCUUUCUAGACAGCUCUGGGAAGAGCCCUUUGACCCCGGAAACUCCCAGCUCAGAGGAAGUGAGUUAUGAGUUCACGUCUAAGACGCCAGACUCCCUCAUAGCUUUUAUACCAGGACAACCCAGCCCGAUUCCUGAGGUUUCUGAGGAGUCGGAGUCGGAGGAACCCAAGUCAGCCCCCCUAAAGCAGGUGACUGUGGAGCGGGAAACGGAUCGCAAUGUGAGCAAAGACUCAACCCAAAGAUCCAAAUGUAACCGAGUUGCCUAUAUUGAGUUUCCUCCUCCUCCCCCUCUGGAUGCCGACCAGAUGGAAUCAGAUAAGAAACAUCAGUACCUCCCUGAAAGGGAGGUUGACAUGAUUGAGGUCAACCUUCAGGAUGAGUGUGACAAGUACCAGUUGGCCGAACCUGUCAUCCGAGUGCAGCCCCCAUCACCGGUCCCUCCCGGUGCCGAAGCCAGCGACUCCAGUGACGAUGAGUCCAUGUAUCAACCAGUCCCAGUUAAAAAAUACACCUUCAAGUUAAAGGAAGUUGAUGAAGGACAGAAAGACAUGGCCAAAUCCAAAACCGCUGCCAUGAAAGCUUCCAACCAGAAAGAGGCAGAGAGUAAUGGGAGAGAGAGUGAGUCCGGCCUUGACUCACCUCAGAACGAAACGGCUCAGAAUGGAAACAAUGACCAGUCUGUCACUGAGUGUUCCAUCGCAACCACGGCUGAGUUUUCCCAUGACACAGAUGCCACCGAGAUUGACUCUCUGGAUGGCUAUGACCUACAAGAUGAGGACGAUGGCCUAACAGAGAGUGACUCUAAACUCCCCAGUCAAACUGUGGACACCAAGAAGGACGUCUGGACAGAGGGCAUCCUGAAGCCUGCCGACCGCUCUUUCAGUCAGAGUAAACUGGAAGUGAUUGAGGAGGAGGGGAAAGUGGGACUGGAUGAAGAGAAGCCAUCUUCUUCCAAAAGCUCUUCAUCAGAUAGAACCCCGGAGAAGAGCGAUCCCAAGUCAGGGACCCAGUUUUUCACCCUGGAAGGCAGACAUCCAGACAGAUCGGUAUUUCCCGAUACUUACUUCAGUUACAAAGUCGAUGAAGAAUUCGCCACUCCUUUUAAAACAGUAGCGACCAAGGGUCUAGAUUUUGACCCUUGGCCCAAUAACCGAGGGGACAAUGAAGUUUUUGAUGGUAAAUCUCGGGAAGAUGACACUAAGCCAUUUGGUCUGGCGGUGGACGACCGCUCUCCGGCAACCACCCCUGACACAACGCCGGCCAGAACACCAACUGAUGAGAGUACCCCAACUAGUGAGCCUAACCCCUUUCCAUUUCAUGAAGGAAAAAUGUUUGAGAUGACCCGCAGUGGUGCAAUUGACAUGAGCAAGAGAGAUUUUGUGGAAGAAAGGCUCCAAUUUUUCCAGAUUGGUGAGCAUACUCCUGAAGGGAAGUCAGGGGCCCAGGGGGAAGGGGAUAACAGUAUGGUCACUGACACCCCACAGCCACAGUCAGGGGACACCUCAGUAGACACCAAUCUAGAGAGAGAUGUAGAGGCACCUACAGUCGAACCCAACCCCAGCAUCCCGACCAUCGGAGAGUGUCAGGAAGGCGCAGCCUGUAGUGGCUCUCUGGAGAAGUCAACAGCUGCUGCUAACACCUCAAAAGUUGACCCCAAGUCACGCACGCCUAUAAAAAUGGGAAUUUCUGCAUCUACCAUGACUAUGAAGAAAGAAGGCUCUGGAGAAGUGACAGAUAAGAUAGAGGCUGUGGUGACCAGUUGCCAGGGGUUAGAAAAUGAAAUGGUGACAGUAAUCUCAAGUGCACCCAAUAGCCAGGUGGGCGUUAGGUCCCAAGAGAAACACGAUUUUCAAAAAGAUAACUUCAAUAACAACAAUAAUCUGGAUUCUUCCACUAUGCAGACAGAUAACACCACAAAUCACGUAGUUCUGACAGGACGUGCUGCACCCACUCGUACCACAGAGAAAGCUAAUCCAGUGAAAGGCUCAGGAAAGAGUCCAGGGACACAAGGACACUGCAUCAGAGAUUCGCGGAAGGAACCAAUAGGGGUUAGGCGGAAAUCCAAGCUUCCCAUAAAGGCCACUGCACCAAAAGAUGUCUUCCUGUCAAACCAUAAGCCAGACAGUAAAGCAGGUAAACUGAGGCAGGUUGGUCCAUCAGAGAAAAACAAAACCCUUCCUACUUCUUCAUGUGUAGAUGCCAAGUCCCGAAUUCCAGUCAAAAACACACACAGGGAGAACCUAGUUUCAGUCAGAAAAGCAUGUGCCACACAAAAGCGAGGGCAGCCAGAGAAAGGCAAGGCCAAACUGCCUCCAUCCAAGUUGCCAGUAAAGGUAAGAUCCACCUGUGUCACCGUCACCACCACCAACACUAUCACCACCACCACCACCACCACCAAAUCCACCACCGUUAAAGUUAGAGAAAGUCAGCUUAAGGCAGUAUGUAAACAUCCCAUUGAAUAUUUUAAGGGAAUUAGUGGUGAGACCCUAAAACUUGUGGACCGCCUCACUGAAGAAGACAAAAAGAUGCAGUCGGAGUUGUCUGAUGAGGAAGAGAGUACCUCAAGAAACACGUCGUUGUCCGAGACUUCCCGGGGUGGCCAGCCUUCAGUUACCACGAAGUCUGCUAGACAUAAGAGAACAGAGGCAACACCUUUAAAAUCAAAGAGUGGAAAGGCCGGCAGUAGGAGGACUGGUCCACAGAGUCCUUGUGAGCGGACAGAUAUCAGGAUGGCAAUAGUAGCCGAUCACCUGGGACUUAGUUGGACAGAGCUGGCAAGGGAACUGAAUUUUUCAGUGGAUGAAAUCAAUCAGAUACGUGUGGAAAAUCCCAAUUCCUUAAUUUCCCAAAGCUUCAUGUUAUUAAAAAAGUGGGUUACCAGAGACGGAAAGAAUGCCACAACUGAUGCCUUAACUUCGGUCUUGACAAAAAUUAAUCGAAUAGACAUAGUGACUCUGCUAGAAGGACCAAUUUUUGAUUAUGGGAAUAUUUCAGGCACCCGAAGCUUUGCAGAUGAAAACAAUGUUUUCCAUGACCCAGUUGAUGGUUGGCAGAACGAGACGUCAAGUGGAAGCCUAGAGUCUCCAGCACAAGCCCGAAGAAUAACUGGUGGGUUACUAGACCGCUUGGAUGACAGCACUGAUCAGGUUCGAGAUUCCAUUACCUCAUAUCUCAAAGGAGAACCUGGGAAAUUUGAAGCAAACGGAAGCCACGCAGAAGUCACUCCGGAAGCAAAGGCAAAGUCCUACUUUCCGGAAUCCCAAAAUGACAUAGGAAAACAGAGCAUCAAGGAGAAUCUGAAACCAAAAACACAUGGAUCUAGUCGCACUGAGGAACCAGCGUCACCCCUCACAGCCUAUCAGAAAUCUCUGGAAGAAACCAGCAAGUUUGUCAUAGAAGAUGCACCUAAACCCUGUGUGCCUGUCAGCAUGAAAAAGAUGACUAGGACUUCUGCUGAUGGCAAGGCCAGGCUCAACCUCCACGAAGAAGAGGGUUCCAGUGGAUCAGAGCCUAAGCAGGGAGAAGGCUACAAAAUGAAGACGAAGAAAGAAAUUCGGAACGUGGAGAAGAAGACCCAUUAGUGACAGUGACGUCAGUCCAGGAUCAUGUUCGUACUGCCAGUAUUGAGAAAUUCACCAGAGAUCAGCCAGAAGGAAAAUAUUUACCAAGAGAAGGGAGUUUGGGGCUGCUGCCUCCACACAUCAAUGACGUGAUUUUUUUUUAAUGCAAAAGGAAAAGAAGAAAAAAAUCUACUCACAUUUUUUAUUUAGCAUGAGCCAAUUUACAGAGCAUGGAAACUCACUCUCAUUCCCAGGAUUGACACGUGUGUACUCAGCAACGCAGUAUAAGAUACAAGAAGCCAUGUUGUUCAGACUUGAUCUCAAGUAACUUGGUGUCAUUUUCAAAGAACAGAAAACACAACUGUGUGCCAGGAGGGACAGAAGAUGGCAUGGACAGAUCAAGAAAGAAACUCUAAAAUUACUGAAUCCACAACAGCUCGCCUUAUUUUUCUUGGACCCAAAUCUGUCAGGGUAUAAACACUAUUUGUUUUUUUUUUUAAAGAAAAAAAUAAACAUCAGUAGUUUUGCUGUAAAUAAUAACACUGUAAAUUCUAACAACAACAAAAAAAUAGGAUAAAUGUUGAUAGGCACCUGCCUCAUAGGACACAGACAAGAUACCACGCCGCAUCUAACAAUAGGAGUCCCAAGUGACUUCGCCCUGGACACAGAGGAGGACCUGAGAUGUGUGGGAACUCUUCGCUGACUCUUGUAUAUUAGCAAUUAUAAUGUUUGUACACGCAAAACUGCUAGCUUGAUUUUAAAAAGAAAAUGCAAACCUUUAAAAAAAAAUCUGCUGCAAAUUUAAAUAAUUCCCCAAAUGAGGAAUUCUGUAGUUCUGUGAAAAAAAUUUUUUUCUUCAGAAUACUAAUAUUUUGAUGCAUGCAUAUCACCUUAUUUUGAUUAAACCUUUUCCAAUUUUGCAAACACUACAGUCUCCUGCAACACGGGAGAUUUUACCUGUAAACACAAAGCCCUUCAUCUAAUAUUUGUUGCUAUUGCCAAUUUUUCAAUGAAAUGACCAAAAAUGGAAAAAAAAACCACACACACACAUGAAACUAUACAGUAGUUGCUUGGGGGUGGGAGGGGGGGCUGUUAGCGCUUACAGGGGAAAUGCUUGCCACUGUAGAGGUGGAUGGUGCUCACAAGAGGCCCCAGUCAUGGGCAUUUAAAAAUGGACUGACCAGAAACCCGUAUCUAGGAGAAUGGCAGCACACUGUCACAAAAGAAAAAAAAAAAACUCACUGUUAUUGUGUCCUGGCUCUGAGAUGUAGACCCUUUUCAGUAAGCCAAUCACUUGUAACCACCCUCGCAGUGUUAGGUUAGUAAGGCUGCGUUUUAUAGGGCAUUUUUUUCUUUGGGUUUCGGUGAGGUUCCUUUAUUCACUAUCUUCACUUGAAAUUGGCCUCCAUGGACACCUAGCUCUAGAUAACAUGUAUGAGAGAAGCGGAUGCUGGAUAACCUAGUCAAUUAUUUAAGCAUAAAAUAAAUUGUGUUCAACUCUUCAA